GAGUUGAUCAGUGAGAUGAGGCUGUUUUCCAGAGCAAAAUAUUCAUGUUUUCAUCUAGUUUCUUUAACAACUACCUUAUUGGCUGCAGUAGCUUUUUUGAGUGUGACAAAAAAUGGCUACAAGAGUUUCUCUUCAUUUUCUCUUACAUAUUCUACAUCGACAUGGAAAUCCUCCAUUCCUAAUCCUUCAUCAACAACUUCCUCAUCAUUCCUUGUAUCCUCUUUGGAGCCGAACCCUAAAUCUUCAUUGUAUCCAAAAUUCAAUAAUCCCAAGAUGCAGAAAGCGGUGGAGGGUCUAACUAGAGAUUUGAACGCUGAAAGCUUGAGGAGAAGAGGUACAAAAAGGGAUGUAAAAAUGGAGAAAAUUGAAUCUGGUCUAGCUAGAGCUCGGGCUUUGAUUCAAAAGACUUUAUCUGGUGAAUACCACCAAGAGAGUAGUCUGAAAGAUUCAAACUACAUUCCUCAUGGAGAAAUUUACAUAAACCCUCGUAUAUUUUAUAGGAGUUACUUUUUGAUGGAGAGGCUAUUCAAAAUAUUCAUAUAUGAAGAAGGGGAGCCUCCAUUGUUUCACAAUGGCCCAUUCAAUGAUAUAUACUCAUUGGAAGGAAUCUUGUUAAGCUCAAUGGAGAAAAGUGUACAAUUUCGAACCGAUAAUCCAGAUGAAGCUCAUGUAUAUUUGCUCCCUUUCAGUGUGGUAAUGAUCAUUCAGUAUCUUUUUGAUCCCAUCAUUAGGGAUAAGGCAGUCCUUGAACGUGUAAUUGGGGAUUAUGUUCGUAUCAUUUCCACCAAAUAUCCCUAUUGGAAUAGAAGCCUCGGAUCUGAUCAUUUGAUGGUUUCUUGCCAUGAUUGGGGGCCUCGUGCAACAUGGUAUGUACGUAAGUUAUACUUCACCUCCAUGCGAGCCCUUUGUAAUGCAAACACUUCUGAAUUCUUCAAUCCAAGAAAAGAUGUCUCCUUCCCGGAAAUCAAUCUCCAAACCGGAAAUAUUUCUGGGCUGACGGGAGGAUUUCCACCUGAAAAUCGAACAGUCCUAGCAUUCUUCGCGGGCGGUUUGCAUGGCCGAAUUAGGCCAUCACUUUUCCAACACUGGAUGAACAAAGACGACGACAUAAAAGUGUACGAAAAUUUACCAAAUGAAAUAUCAUAUCAUGAAAUGAUGCAAAAGAGCAAAUAUUGUUUAUGUCCAAGUGGACAUGAAGUCGCUAGUCCAAGAAUUGUGGAGGCAAUAUAUGCUGAAUGUGUUCCAGUUUUGAUUUCGCAGCAUUAUGUUCUUCCAUUUAGUGAUGUUCUCGAUUGGAGCUCGUUCUCAAUUGAAAUAUCCGUUGGUGAAUUGCCCAAUUUGAAGAGUAUUUUGAUGGGAAUCUCUGAAGAUAGAUAUAGAAGAAUGCAGGAGAGAGUGAAGCAAGUGCAAAGGCAUUUUUUGAUUAAUGAUCCACCAAAACCAUAUGAUGUGUUUCAUAUGGUAAUCCAUUCCAUUUGGUUACGGAGAUUAAAUGUCAGAAUUUAUGGUUAAUCUCUAGCGAUUGUAAAUCAACACCUCUCUCGUUGUUAGUUACUGUAAUUACCUUCUACAAUUUUAAUUCUCAGACUCGAGAGUUAUGGAAACUUGAAAACUCGCACUGCUUUGUUUUAAAGGUAGAAAUACUCGAUCAAUGCAACAAAGUGGACAUGGAAAAUGGGAAGAGCUCAUAAUAUCAUUCUCCAGUAAAAAUAUGUGUAGGGA